CACGACAUUCAUACUGAAUACACUCUCUCUCUUACUUACUUGAGCUCUGACUUCUCUCUAAGUUAUUCCCCGCAAUAACCCUCGGAUAUAUACCCCCGGGUAGACUAUCCAUCAGUUGCUUUAUCAUCAGUCAAACAUCGUAAAUCGUUCACGGGAACCUUCUAGUGGGACGGAGGGAGUAGAAAGGAAAAAUAUUAUAAUUGUACGGAGUAGUUGUUUCUGCAAAGCCCAUCGGCAGAAAGAAAUAAUGGAAUUAUAGUGGGCCAAAAACAUUUAGCAUGUCAAUUAACGUAUACAUAUGACUUGAGCAGAUCACUGGUAGGGUUUAAGGAUUUUUCCGAUAUUCUGGAGCUUGUCCAGGCGCAGCUCAGCCAUGGGGUUUUGGGGUCAGUUUCGUUUUGUUACUGUAAAUCUUUUCGGUUCUAUAACUGAAGAGCAAUCAUAGAAAUUGAAUUUUUUGCCUCUAAAACUUUCGUCCAGGGAUUGAACUUAAACCAGGAAAACCAUACGUCCUUGAAUUAGCCGGAGAUGGGGAAAGACUCCAUCUUUCGCAGGCAACAUUGGGUGCUGGUUCAUCUGAUAAAAAGACCAUAGUUCAGUGUUCCCUUGAAGGCAAGAAACCAAUAUAUUUGUGCUCUCUAUUGCCUGAAAAACUUGAGACUUGCCCUCUGAAUAUUGAAUUUGAUGAUGAGGAUGAGGUCACCUUCUCAGUUAAAGGCAAUCACCAUGUUCACCUCUCUGGUUUCUUUUUGAGUGAAUGUGAAGAUUGUGAUGAAGAGGCAUAUGGGUCUGAUGCAUAUGAGGAUGACUGUGUUGAAAGUGACAGUGGUGGAGAUGAUUCUUUUUAUGAUUCUGGGGAGGAUGGAUUUGAAGAUAGUGAUCUCGAUAUGUACCCAUCUUCACCAGUCCCGAACAGUGGAGUUAGAAUUGAGGAAAUCGUAGAGGAUAAGAAUCUCACUAAUGAGAAUGAUGCAUCCCAGGGGCCAAAAAAGAAGAAAACCCGCUUUCCUGAAAGCCAAGAAAACACUGAUCAACAGAUAGUUGUGAAGAGCAAUAACAGUGUUCCUACGGUUGAAAGUGAAGAUGAAGAUGGCUUUCCGAUAGCUGCCUCAAUUAGGAUCAACACUGAAGCAGUGCCCAACAAACCAAUAUCACAAGAGACUGAUCAUGAAACUGCUGAAAGAGUCCAGAACGUAAAAAGAAAAAUUGAUGCUGUUGGGCAAACCACUGGAUCCGAAAAUGCUAAGCAAAAGAAAAAGAAUAAGAAGAAGAAGAAAAAGAUUUCAGCUAGCGAGGAUACUUGUUUGGAGAGCGCUGUGCAAUGUAAUGAUGCUGAUGUUAAUGAUAAAGAGAAAGUUUCAUCUGCUGAAAAGGAAACCAGUGAGAUGACAACUAAUGAAGUGUGUGUUAAUGAUAAAGAGAAAGUUUCAUCUGCUGAAAAGGAAACCAAUGAGAAGACAACUAAUGAAGUUAAGGUAGAGACAAAGAAGAAGAAAAAGAAGCAAGAAAUUAAUGGAGAGCAGAGCUUUGGUAAAGAAAUUAAAUCGUCCAUGAAAGUAGAGGAGAAAGCUGAUGCUAAGCCCUCAAAAGUGAGGACUUAUCCUAAUGGGCUUGUCAUAGAGGAGCUAUCAAUGGGUAAACCGGAUGGUAAAAGAGCUAUAGCUGGAAAGAAGGUUAGUGUCCGCUAUAUUGGCAAGCUGAAGAAGAAUGGCAAAAUUUUUGACUCUAAUAUCGGCAAAGCACCCUUUAAAUUCCGUUAGGUAUUGGUGAGGUUAUAAAGGGAUGGGAUGUUGGUGUAACGGGCAUGCGUGUUGGGGAUAAAAGAAGACUCACCAUUCCACCAGCUAUGGGGUAUGGAGAAAAAGGUGCUGGUGCGGUUAUACCACCAAACUCAUGGCUUCUUUUUGAUGUUGAGUUAAUCAACGUAAAUUGAUUGUCUCCCAUAUUUCUCUCUUUGGAAGAGUAAUUUUUUUCGUUUUUGGGCUCCUCUCUCCUUUUGUUACCAAUCAAUUUUGGAACACAAUGUAAUAUUGCAACUAUAUUAUGAAUUAUUGAACGUGUCCGUUCAGACAUUAUAGUUCCAAUGUUACUAUUUUUUCUCCAAAAUGCCAACUUUUUCUCAGGUGGAGUAGGGAUAUGAUUUGGCUC